AUGCUAAAUGGCCAUCAAUCAUUUUGUUGCUAUCUUGUACACAUUCUUAGUGGUAUGAAAGAGGAGCAAGAGGCUAGCCGAUCUCUUGCUGGAUUAAUAUUGAAGAACAAUGUUCGUUCGCAGUGGGCGAAAUAUCCAGAUGAAGUGCGAGAAUUUGUAAAGACCAAUACAUUAGCUAGUAUAGCUGAUCCAAGUCCAUUAAUUCGAGCUACAGUAGGUAUAAUAGUAACUACGAUAGUCGUCGAAGAGAAUGGUGUUGGUCACUGGCCAACUUUAUUGCCAUAUUUGGGCCAUCUUCUCGAUCAACCAGAUCCCAACAUGCAAGAGGGUUCGAUGGGAGCGAUCCAAAAGAUAUUCGAAGACUCAGGCGAUCGUCUGGAUACUGAACAGCACGUUCAUCCGCUGAUGCCGAAGAUUUUGUCGUUUUUCAGCUCAGAAAGCCCUAAAAUGAGGGGGUUAGCAAUGAAUUCGGUGAACAGUAUUUUGAUGAUUAACAACGAUCCAAUUAGUGCAGUGAUUGAUGACUUCUUACAACAGCUGUUUGGAAGGGCACAUGACCAUGAUCCGGAAGUGCAAAAGCAGCUUUGUCGAUCGCUGACUCUUCUGCUGGAUAGCCACUUCGAGAAGUUGGCUCCUCAUCUGCCGAAUGUUAUUGAUUACAUUAUAAUGAAAACUCAGGAUCCUAACGAGAAUAUCGCAGUUGAAGCUUGCGAGUUCUGGUUAUCGUUAGCUGAGAACUCGGAUGUCUGCAAAGAGUUGCUGUCACCUUUUCUGGAGAAACUCGUUCCAGUGCUCAUAAAGUGCAUGCGGUAUUCAGAAAGCGACAUUAUUGCUUUAAAGGUAAGAUAUCAAACGCCUUUUUCUUUAUAUGUUAAUGUCGGGGAAAGGGUAACUGGUUCACUAGCAUAUUUCUUGCUUGCGAGCAGACCACCGUGA